AUGACUAUAUUGGAGGGCAGUGAGCCGCGCAUGGCUGCCGUGGUAACGAAUGUGGCGCUUCUGGCAGCAUAUUUGACCCUCAACUCCACCUUGAACCUGCUGAACAAGUGGAGCCUGGGAAUCUAUGGCUUCUCCUUCCCUCUCUUCAUGACGGUGUCGCACAUGCUCUUCAGCCUCGUCGUGCUGGCUCCCUUCAUGAUGAUGCAGCCCUUCAGGAGCCUGCACAAGGCCACGCUGGAGAAACAAUGGAAGGGCAUCAUAUGCAUCGGAGCCUUCAUGGCUCUGAACAUAGCCCUGAACAACCUGUCCCUUGUGGACAUCACCCUGUCCCUCAACCAGGUCAUCAGGUCAGCGAUCCCAGUGGUGACAGCACUGCUGGCUGUGGCGGUUGAGAAGAAGGUGCCAACGCGGACCGAGGGCGUUGCACUGAUGGUGCUCGUGAGUGGAGUUAUGGUGGCUGUGUGGGAAGGGGCCGCAGGCAGCCUGAGGGGCAUCCUCGUCUGCAUUGCAGGCAUGGUGAGCAAUGCGCUGAUGAUGACCACGUCAGGCAAGGUGCUGUCCGAACGGCUGGACGUGCUUCGGCUGACUUUCUACACUGCGCCCGUCUCCUGCGCGUGCCUGCUUCCCUUCUAUCUCACCAAGGAGGCAGCGCGGCUGUCGGAGUACGCGGAUGCGCACAGGGACGGCAUGUUCCAGCUGCUGCUGGGCGUGGGAUGUGUGAACGCGCUCGCAUACAACGUUGUGCACUACCUGAUGAUCCAGCGCACCUCGGCGGUCACUACCACCGUCCUGGGAGAAAUCAAGAUCGUGGGGCUGCUGCUGCUGUCCGCCCUGCUGCUGGGGGAGGGCAGUCAGAUGACUCCUCGCAUGAUCGCCGGCUGCACGGUGGCAGUAAUCGGCUUCUGCCUUUACUCCCACGCCAAAAUGGCGGCCAGGCCGGCCGGGCCGCCAGCUGGCACUGAUGUGGAGGCGGCGGCCAAAAUUGGCGCGGCCGAGAAGGCGGCUGCAGAAUUUGGCAAGGAGUCCUCGAAAGCUUUGGAGCUGGAAUGGUGGACGAUAAAAUAG